AUGGUGAGAGAAAAUGCCAGGGAAGACCAUCCCAAUAGAGUUAGACUGCGCAGCCGACUUUCUUGGAAAAAAUUUGCUUCGAAACGAUCCAACUCCAACGAUUUGACGUCUAAAAAAGAUUCUGUCCCGAAAACAAGCACUCGAGGACCUUGGACUUUAGUAAAAAGACUGACGAAACCUCGACCGCACUUGGCUGAAGGGCACGUAGAUGGGAGAGAUGGAGGGAUAACCGCUAGAAUUGUGUACGGAGUCGAGCUGUCUGCCACCACGACCGUUCUUGUGUGCUUCGCAUUGCUCAUUGUGUAUCUGAUCAUUAGGGAACUGGGCGCGCUGCUGCGGGACGUUGGACUGACUGCUAGGCAUUGCACGACGUGGCAGUUUUGGACGAUGCUAAUAACGGGGAAGAGCAAUCCCGUCGUGGCAACUUUACAGAGUUUAUCCCAGCAGGCCUGGCGAUUUCUUUGGAGCGUUGGAAGCUAA